AUGCGGAAUCACAGGGAGGAUCGCUUCCUCCUCGAAUCGCGCUUUCCCUGCAUCAGGCGAGCGCAAGCCAGGAGGUCGGAAGCAGGCGAGCAGCAGGCGAGGGGAGCACCAGGGCGGGCAGCAGGAGCGCGGGCAGCGGGGCAGCAGCGCCGGCCUCAACAACGGUUGAGGUUGCAGUAUCGCCCCUGCCACCACACUCCACUCGAGCCCACUCCCCCUCAGGCCUUCACAAGCCAGAGGGAGGGCAGCAGGCGAGCAGCAGGCGAGGGGAGCGCCAAGGCGGGCAGCAGGAGCGCGGGCAGCGGGGCAGCAGUGCCGGCCUCAUCAACGGUUGAGGUUGCAGUAUCGCCCCUGUCACCACACUCCACUCGAGCCCACUCCCCCUCAGGUUCAGGCCUUCACAAGCCAGAGGGAGGGCAGCAGGCGAGCAGCAGGCGAGGGGAGCGCCAAGGCGGGCAGCAGGAGCGCGGGCAGUGGGGCAGCAGCGCCGGCCUCAUCAACGGUUGA